CGCUGAACCAUCCGCCGCACCGAGCUAGAAAACUAGGCACCUUCGAGCCGGAAAUCCUCUAUUCAACGCCAACCAAAGGAGAGCUAGCUCAGCAUGGCGGCCCCCGAAGUUUCCCACGGCCGCGGCGGCGCGGGCAAUAUCAAUCCUGACGAUACGAAAUACGUCGACGGAGAGGUGGUUCGCGUUGGUGCGGAGGGGAGCCAUGGAGAUGGGGCUUUUAGUACUGGUCGCGGAGGUGCGGCAAAUAUUGGCGACGCGGGACAGAAGCAAGGCACACGCUUGGACAAGGACCUCGUGCCCGAGGCCGCCGUGCGACCGAGCCAGGACAACGCCGACUACCACGUGGGCCGAGGCGGUGCCGGCAACGAGCGCCAUGUUACCAAGAAGUCGGAGGAGGCCGGCGGUGCCAGCGGCGAGGGGCUGACGGCGCCAGUCGGGCUGGCUGACAAGCUGAAGAAGAAGCUCUUUGGCGUGUUUACGAAGAAAAACUAAUUGCUGGGAGAAAGGGCGUUGCUGCUGCUGCUGCUGCUGUUUGGAGGUGGAUUUUUUGUUUCUUUCUUUUCACGUUUGAUACCGCCGACCGAGGGGAUCAGAAGAGUCGCCAUGGACUGAUUUUUGUUUGUACCCGUGUAAUGUAGUAUUCGGGAAUUUUGUCGCAGCCGGCAUUUGGCCCGGCUCUCCUACCUGCGUCGUG